UCGAGUUGCACAAUAAUAUUCAUUCGUCAUUGCAUAGCUAAAUUAAUUUAAAAAAUUAUACAUCAUUUUAUUAGGGAUUAAUUUAAAUUGUUCAAGCUGGCAUCGCGAAGAUUGUUGUUCAUUGGCUUCUACAGCUUUUCGCCAACACAUUCAUAUAGAGCUAGCUUUAAUAGUUACAUCUAUAAACAGAGGCGCCAACAUUCCGGUAUGACGGUGCCGCAGUGUGCACCGCGCUCCCCCAGUCGGGGGCAAAGUCCUUCGGAGGCACGUUCAGGAGUAGGCAGCGAUAGUCCAACGGGUGUCAUUAAGAAAUAUGACGAUAUCAUAAAAAGCCCAGAGGACAAGCGUGAAUACAGGGGUCUUAAAUUAGCAAAUCGGCUUAAAGUUUUGUUGGUGAGUGACCCAACGACGGACAAAUCAGCGGCAGCUCUGGAUGUCAAUGUAGGCUACCUCAGUGAUCCUGAUGAAUUACCAGGACUGGCCCACUUUUGCGAGCAUAUGCUGUUCUUGGGCACGGCGAAAUAUCCAGAGGAAAACGAAUACAACAAAUUCCUCUCGGCCCAUGGAGGUUCAUCCAACGCGUCCACUUCAUCUGAUCACACGACUUACUUCUUCGACGUCCUGCCGCAACAUCUUGCUGGAGCUUUGGAUAUUUUCGCCCAGUUCUUCAUCUCGCCGCUGUUCACGGAAUCGGCGACGAGUAGAGAGUUGAGUGCCGUUAACUCUGAGCACGAAAAGAACGUGUCCUCGGACACCUGGAGGCUGGACCAGCUGAACAAGAGCACGGCUGAUCCGAAACAUCCCUUCCACAAGUUUGGUACAGGCAACAGAUACACGUUAGAAGCGAUACCGAAAGAGAAAGGGAUCGAUGUUCGUAAAGAACUGUUAAAUUUCCACGACAAAUGGUAUUCUGCGAAUAUAAUGACUCUGAUCGUUAUGGGGAAAGAAUCCCUGGAUGAAUUGGAGGAAAUGGUGGUCAAAUUAUUCUCGGCGGUCGAGGAUAAGUCCGUGACAGCCCCUACUUGGCCGGAUCACCCCUUCCCCCCUCACCUGAGAAGGAAACGCGCCUACUGCUACCCCGUUAAAGAUCUCCGAUCGCUGUCCAUCGACUUUCCUAUACCGGAUACAAGAAAACAUUACAAGAGUGGGCCCGGACACUACCUGUCUCACUUGCUGGGACACGAAGGUCCUGGGAGUUUGCUGUCGGCGCUCAAGACGAGGGGCUGGUGUAACAGUCUCGUGGGUGGUACGCGUAUCGGUGCGAGGGGUUUCGCCUUCUUCGGUGUCCAGGUCGACCUCACGGAGGCUGGAGUUGAACACAUCGAUCAAAUAGUCGAACUCGUAUUUCAGUACAUCGCGAUGCUGAAGGCGCAGGGCGCCCAGCGCUGGGUGUGGGAGGAGCAGCGCGACCUCAUGGCGCUGGAGUUCCGCUUCCGGGACGUGCAGGACGCGCGCGCCGCCGUCGUCGCGCACGCGCACCUGCUGCAGGAGUUUCCGAUGCGAGACAUUCUGAGCGCGUAUUACUUGAUAACCGAUUGGAGGCCGGACCUCAUCGACGAACUUCUGGCCUUUCUCAUCCCGGACAACGUGAGAGUGGGGGUCGUUGCCAAAUGUUUCGAGAAAAAAUGCACGCAAACGGAGCCGUGGUAUGGAACUAAAUACGUCCAGCAAGACAUCGACGAGGCGACGCUCAACAAAUGGAAGACAGUGAAACUUAAUCAGGAACUUCACCUCCCGCUGCCGAACGAGUUCAUCCCCGCGAGACUGGACUUGGAGAAGUCCUCUGACCCCACCGCCGAUGCGAUAGGACCAGCUAUUAUCAAGGAUACCCCCUUGAUGAGACUUUGGUAUAAAAGAGACAAUGAGUUCUUACUGCCCAAAGCAUUCGUCACUCUGGACUUAGUCAGCCCGCUGGCGUACUCGGACCCCGCGAGCUGCAACCUGACGUCGGUGUGGGUGUUGCUGCUGCGCGACUCGCUGCAGCAGUUCGCGUACGCCGCCGAGCUGGCCGGCCUGCGCUGGAGUCUCGGGAACGCCAAGUACGGGCUCAGCAUAACGAUAGACGGUUACGAUGACAAGCAACACGUGCUACUAGAGAAGAUAAUAGAUCACAUCGUCAACUUCAAGGCUGAUCCGAAGCGGUUUGAGAUCAUGAAGGAGAGUCACAUCAGGGCGAUCAAAAACUUCGAGGCGGAGCAGCCGUACCAGCACGCCGUGUACCAGCAGGCGCUGUGCCUGUCGGACGUGGUGUGGACGCGCUGCCAGCUGCUCAAGGCGGCCGAGACGAUCACGCCGGAGCGGCUGAACGAGUUCGCGCACCAGUUGGUGCGCAAGCUGCACGUGGAGGUGCUCAUGUUUGGCAACCUGACCCGCGAGCGAGCGCUGGCCACCGCACAAGCUGUGGAGGACAAGUUACCGAAAGACGCCACGCCGCUGUUGGCGCAGCAGCUUCUACUGUACAGGGAGGUCGAGAUUGAAAAAGGCGCGUGGUACGUGCGCGAGACGGCCAACGGCGUGCACAAGUCGUCGUGCGCGUCGCUGUACUACGCGUGCGGCGUGCGGCGCGCGCGCCCCAACGUCACGCUGGAGCUGCUGGCGCACGCGCUGGCCGAGCCGUGCUUCCACGCGCUGCGCACGCAGGAGCAGCUGGGGUACAUCGUGUUCAGCGGCGUGAGGAGAUCCAACGGGGCCCAGGGCCUGAGGAUCAUCGUGCAGAGCGACAGGCAUCCCGCCUACUUGGAGGAGAGGAUCGAGAAGUUCAUCGAGGGGGCUGAGGAGUAUCUAGAAAAUAUGACGGAGGAGGAUUUCCUCAAACAUCGAGCGGCGCUCGCCGCGGAGCGACUCGAGAGGCCCAAGCGGCUCGCCAUCAAGGCCUCGCAGCUCUGGAGCGAGAUCACGUCUCAGAUGUACAAUUUCGACAGACCACGAGUGGAGGUCGAUGAAUUGAAUACAGUCACUAAAGCUGAACUUCUAGACUUCUUUAAGAAACACAUUGCUACAGAUUCGAAGGAAAGACAGAAGUUAUCAAUAUAUGUGGUGUCGACGGCUGAGGGCGGCGCCGGGAAGGAUUACGAGGCGACCGGAAGUGAGAAGAAGCAGGAGCCUGUCAAAAUACAAGAUCUAGUCGAGUUCAAGUCGAGACGGCGACUGCUACCACAACCAUUGCCCUUCGCAAAUGUUCCCAGGAAGGGGACGCAUUGCAAGCUAUAAGUACACUUGGUACACUCGUUACACUGAGUACAAUUGCUUGAUCAAUAUAUAUAAAAGACAGUCUUCACUGGCUGAGUAUCGAUGCUAAUAAUAAAUCAAUUAAUAAAUUAUAUGACGGAGCGAAGAAACUUCGAGAAGUUAUUAAGACACUAAAGCUGGCUUGUCACUUGUCGUCCGCGCUGGUGCGGACUUGUGCGUAUCUAUUGGAUAUUCCGUAACCGUAACAGCCUGUGAAUGUCUCAUUGCUGGGCUAAAGGCCUCCUCUCCCUUUUUGAGGAGAAGGUUUGGAGCUCAUUCCACCACGCUGCUGCGGUGCGGGUUGGUGGAAUACACAUGUGGCAGAAUUUCAGAGAAAUUAUACACAUGCAGGUUUGUUCACGAUGUUUUCCAUCACCGUCAAGCACGAGAUGAAUUAUAAUUACAAAUUAAACACAUGAAAAUUCAGUGGUGCUUGCCCGGGUUUGAACUCACGAUCUCCGAUCACGAUCGAACUGGGCCAUCUCGGCUUAUUGGAUAUUCAAUAACGAAAUUUCUCGCUUAUGCUGUUAAACUUUCAGGGUUUUUUUCGUCUGAAGCUUAUCACAAGAAAAGUAUUGUCAUCGUAAUUGAACCAACAUGUAAUUUGUACGUGUGUGUGUUGACUUUACCCUAAGUUGGUCCACCACGUUCUACCGCCGAAAAGCAAUAGUUUCAUUGUGCUCCGGUUGGAAAUAUGAGUGAGCCAGUGUAACUACAGGCACAGAUAUAACAUCUUAGUUCCCAAUUCGAUGGCGAUGUAAUUUUUCUUACAGCUCCCAAUAUAUGUAUAUGACCAUCUUACCACUUUUAAAAUAAAAUACUUUUCUUCUCGGUCUUUCGAAUGUAAAAUCAAUGAUGACAAAAAGAGACAAAUCAUUUAACAAAACAGCCGCUAAACAAUAUUUACAAUAUUAACCGUUUUUUAACUUCUCAUACAUUGAUACUUAAGUCGGUUAAAGCACAAAUAAAUAUUAUAGUAAAAUAUUAAAAAUUUAAAUAAAAUUAUUGUAGUAUUAGAUACGAUGUGAAGCAACGAUUUAUAAAGUCGUAGGUUCAAUCUGAUGUGAGCUAGUGUCGUCACUCCUAGCAUAAUAGAUGAUCUUGAAAUCCAUCGCAAGUAUUUAAAAAUAUGAUAUAUAUAUAUAUAUAUAUAUAUAUAUAUAUAUAUAUAUUACUAAGUUCAGUAAUCAAUACGUGGUAGAGCUUUGUACACACUUGUGUUCCGGGUGGGUUAGUGUAAAUACAAGCACAAGGGACAUCUUCGUUCCCAAGGUUAGUGGCGCGUUGGCAAUGUAAAUAACGGUUAAUAUCACUUGUAUUGUCAAUGUCUGUGGGCGGUGGUGAUCACUUAACAUCGGCUGGCCAAUUUGCCCGUCAGCCUACCUAUAACAUAAUAUAUAUAUAAAGGACAUACGGUACAAUGAAAGAGGUUUACAUAUGUAUACCCCAUUCAAAUCGACGGAGUAAAGAUAAACAAACCAUAGAUUUACAUAUCCCACGCGAUUCGCUAAAAGCUCCGCUGUAUUGUACACCACGAACAGUUCUCGAUUAAUACAUCUCUAUAUAUAACACGACACUGUUACAUUUAGCUACUUAUAUACACUUUGAUUUCACUUUCAAAGUUCCGAUAUAAAAUUUGCGUUCAAAACUGUCUCGACCAAUUGUAUCGCGUUAUUUCAAGUUCAAUGUAUUUAUCUUUACUCAAUUGGUUGGAAUACUUUAUAUACUAAGUUUUUUUUAUCCAGUAAGUGAAAAUGAUUGAACUAUAUUAAAAUUUAAUUGAUAUAUUGUGAAUUAAAGUGUAUUUUCAUAGUUUUAAGGUUCAAAAUUGCUAACAUUGUGACUUAUUCGGAUUUAUUGGAGACUGCCUCGUUGGUCUAGUGGCUUGAUGUAAGGCCGCAGGCCCGGAGGUCCUGGGUUCAAUUCCCAGGUCGGGCCAGUAAAAAGUUUUUGGGUUUUUCUGUCAGAAAAUUCUCAAUAGCAGCCCGGAGUCUGGAAGUUGGAAGUGUGUACACACCCGUCGUCCCAUCGGAUUAUGAGAGUUAGGGAAUAGAGAGUGCACCUGUGUUUGCGCACACACUUGUGCACUACAAUAUCUCCUGAGCAGUUGGCUAAGCUCUCGAGAUUGGCCGCUGUGGCCGAAAUCGAUCUGGAGGACAAUAUAAUUAUUAUUCAGAUUUAUAUGUAAAAUAAUCCGCAAUGAAUUUCAACCAAUCGCUAGCCCGCAAAUAACGAAUCAAUAGAAAGUGAGUAUUUUGUUCCAAUUUUAAACUGUUUUUGUUUUUUUUUUUUUUUUGUUUUAAACAUCUUCGCCUUUGUAUAUAAUGUCUAACU